AUGGAAGUAGAAAAUGAGGAGAAGGUGAAGAAUAAAAAAGUGGUGAUGGUGGAUUUGGAAAUUGUAGAGGAAGAAAGUGAGGUUCAUAAGUCGACUAAGGAGUUAAUGAUGUAUGAGAAUUUCAUGAAGUUUUAUCGGAUUCCUUAUAUAGAUGGACAAUCAAUGGCACCAAAUGUACUACCGAGGGAAGCCUUAUGGGUAACCUUUGGAGCUUCAAUGAUGAUGGUGUUUAAGAAAAGGUCAAAUAGAUUUGUCCAUUUGUUCUGUGAUAUGCUACUUAGCCUUCUUAAGGAGAUUUGGGUGCGAAACAUCAUCCCUGAUGAAACUCCACUUAAUGUACAUAAGAGGAAACGUGGUGGCAUGCAUGGGCAUCCACGUAUCCUUCAUAUGGAGGGAAAUCAUAGAUUUAUAAGAGCAUUGCCAGACCACCACCCACAACUUCCAGCGAGAAGGGUGGCGAGUGACACCAGCCCAAAUUGCCCAAAGGAGAAGCUAAGCAACUGCCAUGACAACACAAACUUGCAUUGGAGAAGAAUGAAGAAGGAUAGCCAACCAUGGAAACGCAUUGCAAGGUUAAGGGCAGAUAAAGCAACAGAGACAGGCUCUUGA